UCCUCCCUUACAGCAGUGAAGGAAACCACUCGGCUCUGUGACACUGGAGCGGGUCCUGUCCUGCUGUCAAGUCUUUUCUGACAAUUUCUGACAGACGCCUGGACUCCGGCGGGAGCAACAACAGCAGCGACACAACAGCAGCCGCCGUUGCAGCAAGAAGAGGAGGAGAGAGAAAAUAUUUUCCGUGUCUUCGCCUGAAGUCAUUCUGUGGUUUUUGAAAAAAUGUGCUGUAUAUUUUCAGGGCUGUGUCACAUGAUCUGCUGGGGUUAUGAAUAGCCGAGUAUAAUGAUUUCUUAGUGAACGUUAAAAAAAAAAAAGAGAGAGAGAGAGAGAGAGAGAGAUUCUCAGCAAGAAGGAGGCGCACACUUGCUCAGGACCAGCAAGGAGAGACGGGACUGGGAAAGUUCCCUUGACUCCAGCUGGUGUCCCUCUGCAUCUCCAAGUCUGCUGAGGCAGCCAGGACUGUGGAACAGAAAGAGGAAGGAAAGGGAAGACACCUUUCCCUAAGACUGGAAUUUUAUAUGGACCGCUGCCAUGGGACCAUCUGCUGGGAGCAGUGACAGCACUGAACAGAUUAUCUAAGGGGAAUCUUGACUCUCUCUCUGUCUUGGGCCAAUCUCCCCUGUGCCAUCAGCUAUGGCAGGAAACAAAGAGAGGAGCUGCUCGGGUGGAACCCCUCUGGCUCAUGUGAACGGUUUCCCUCCUGCUGUAUACCCUUUUCCUUUCCCUAACCCACACUUCGAGAUGCUUACUAAUGGAGGUUACUUCCGGAGCUAUCCUACUGACCUGCCCAAGGAAAUGGCAUCACUGUGUUUAACUGGCUACCCACACAAGGAGGAUCCUGCAAAGGCCAGAGCCAGAUCUGAGGACUACAUUGGCUGGCUGCAACAAAGAUCCAGAGAGACCGGGAUCACAUCUGCAGUGGAAACCCAGAGCACCAGCUCAGAGGAGAUGGUACCCAGCUCCCCCUCUCCACCCCCACCUCCACGUGUCUACAAACCUUGUUUUGUCUGCAACGACAAGUCCUCGGGCUACCAUUACGGGGUCAGCUCCUGUGAGGGCUGCAAGGGUUUCUUUCGCCGAAGCAUCCAGAAAAACAUGGUGUACACCUGCCACCGUGACAAAAACUGUCAGAUCAACAAGGUCACCCGCAACCGUUGCCAGUAUUGCCGCCUGCAGAAGUGCUUUGAGGUUGGCAUGUCCAAAGAAGCUGUAAGGAAUGAUCGCAACAAGAAGAAAAAAGAUGUGAAAGAGGAGGUGGUGGUGGAUAGCUAUGAAAUGACACCUGAGCUAGAAGAGCUCAUUCAGAAGGUCAGCAAAGCUCAUCAGGAGACCUUCCCUUCCCUCUGCCAAUUAGGCAAAUACACCACGAACUCUAGUGCGGAUCACAGGGUGCAGCUGGACCUGGGGCUAUGGGACAAAUUCAGUGAACUGGCCACCAAGUGCAUCAUCAAGAUUGUGGAAUUUGCCAAGCGUCUGCCAGGGUUCACCAGCCUCAGUAUUGCUGACCAAAUCACCUUGCUCAAGGCAGCCUGCCUUGACAUCCUGAUGCUCCGUAUUUGCACUCGCUACACUCCAGAGCAGGACACUAUGACUUUCUCAGAUGGGCUUACCCUGAACCGCACACAGAUGCACAAUGCUGGAUUUGGGCCCCUCACAGACUUGGUCUUUGCCUUUGCUGGGCAAUUGCUGCCUCUUGAGAUGGAUGAUACCGAAACAGGCCUGCUCAGUGCAAUCUGCCUCAUCUGCGGAGAUCGAAUGGACCUAGAAGAGCCAGAAAAAGUGGACAAGCUGCAGGAGCCAUUACUAGAAGCAUUGAAGAUCUAUGCUCGUCGACGUCGGCCCAACAAGCCUUACAUGUUCCCUCGCAUGCUGAUGAAAAUCACUGACCUGCGAGGAAUCAGCACCAAAGGUGCUGAACGAGCCAUCACACUGAAGAUGGAAAUCCCUGGCCCCAUGCCACCACUCAUCCGAGAAAUGCUGGAGAAUCCUGAGAUGUUUGAAGAUGAGCUGUCACAGCCCCCACCAUUAGCCGAACCCCCCAACACCGAGGAGAGUCCAGCUGACACCAAGAGCCAAGAGGUGGCCCCCUAGCGUCUCCAGAGACACAGAAUCUAAGUGGGGAAAGGCCAUUGGGGUGAUGGGGAGGGGAAUGGAACCCCUUUUACAUUGUAUAUCCUCCAUUCUUCCCACUGCCUCUUUUCUCCAGGACUCUUUUUAAAAUAUAUAUAUAUAUAUAUAUUAAAAAAUGCUUGCCUUUCCUGCUCCUGGUCCAUCCGCCAGAGCUAGGUGUAAUGGCAACAUGCAAGACCAACUAGGAGGUGCCAUGUUCCCCUCUCUACUAUGUUUGUUGACAUGUGGGGAGAGGUGGCUGUAUGCCUCUUGCCUUAACCCAUUUUUCUGUAUGGGGCCUUGGACAUAUUUUCUGAAGCCUUUGCCUCCGUCCCUCCCAAACCCUGAAGCUUUGCCAAAGUCUGCCUGAUUGCCUGUCCGACUGAGUCGGGGUGUCUCAAGCCAAAUAUUUAGGACAUGACAAGUCCCCAAGGGGCUUAAGACUCUGAGAACCCUUCCUUUUGAAAUGGGCUAAGCUCCAAAUGUGCAAUUCCCCUGGACUUCUCAUCCCUGAGGGGGAAAAAGGGAGAGGGGCACCUCAAGAGCUGAUAGAGGGCUCAAGAGCUGCAACACAUCUGGGCCCUCUUGCAAUGGUUCAUACCUCCUGCCCUGUCUGGAGGUCAGCUCUACCCUUCCACCUCCCAAGCCAAGAACUCCAAGCAUCUGGGAUACUAUUUAUUCACAUUUCUGAAGACGAGAGGGAUGCCCUUCAUCUGCCAACACCACCAGCGUACCCCACCACGAACCCAAUGCACACCUGGGGAACUUGGACCAAUGACCAUGGGGUUAUGGGGAGAGUGAAGUCAGGAGGACUUCCAACACAGCACAUCCCUGUUGGUGGGCUUUGGGUGCCUGUGGGGUUAAUAUCCAUCUCUUAUGGAUUCCAAUGGGAUGUGGAUUUGUGUGUGUGUGUGUGUGAGUGAGUGAGAGAGAGAGAGAUUGGGAGAGAGAGAGAAGGGGAAAUGUGUGUGAGAGAGGAAGGUGCAUUUUGAGGGUGGGGGGAAAGGGUUUUUGUUUUUGUUUAAGCUGUAUAAAUUGCUAAUGUUGUAUUGUUUGAGGCAAAGAUCAAUCCCAUAGUGGGGUUUUGAGGUGGAGUGGGGCUGGUGGUCCUUUCACUGCUCCCCCAUUCCCAAGGCAAAAGGGGUAUCAGGUUGGGGUGGGGGGAAACACUGUAUCUGUUUUGCUUGGGAUGCUUUUGACCCUGGUGCUAAGAAUUCUGGGAGACAGACCCCAAAGGACACUAGAAACCAAAGAUAUUGAGAAUAUGGUGGAGGUUAGGAGUGCAGAGUGGCAGACUUAAUUUUACAGUGCUGUGCUACAGGGGGUCUCCCUUGGAACACCCCACACAAUGAGAAGCCAACUACAGUAUCCUCCACAAAAGCUGUAUAGAGGGUGUGGCAUUGGAGCAUGGCUUCCUCAACUGGUCUUUAACUCUGCUUCUCCAGCACUUUGAUGGAGGGGGAAAGGGGGACUAAUUACGCAGUAGGGAGUUGGUUCAGCUUCCCAUCUACUCUUCAAUCUUUCUCCUCCCUGCCCACCACCAAUAAAUAAAUAAGGAGACGUGCUUUGCUCCAUCACUGCAUCUCCAGUGGACCAAAUAAAGAGAAAAGCCAAUGCUCUUUCUUAUUGCUAGAGGACAGAGGUCUGGCUGAAAGACUUGGUGGUUUCACUCUGUUUCGAGUAAUAUGAAAUGAAUGAAACCCGGACACUACAAGGGGAUGGAUCUGUCCUCACAUCAUUGCCCUUUGCUGAUGUUUCACCAAGAGCAGUUGCUAUUCCAUCUCCUCCUGCUGAAUCUUAAGCAGGGAAGGAAAGCAGGCAGCCUGGGCAGCCCCUUUGUUUGCAGGACUUUGUGUCCUCAUUGGGGAUGCUCCCUGGCUCUCUUCCAACUGGGUGCCUUUUGGAUGCUUCUGCUGGGCCUUAGGGUGAGAGCUGAAGGUUGUGCUGGCCAUGAUUCCUAAGCUCUCACACUAAGGCCCAGUAGAACCAUCCAAAAGGCACUCAGUUGGAAGAGAGCUAGGGUACUCCCUCAAUGAUGACACAAUGUCUUGCAGACAACUGGGAGGGUUUCUUCCUUUGCCUUUGUUGACGCCAGGGAAUGGGGAGCAUGGUGGGCCUCUUCCUCCAAGGGAAGUAGGUCAUGGUGGGAAACUGUACCCCAAGGAACAGGAGCUCUGCUGAACUAGUUCAGUUUCUCCCCCAGAUGUUUUAAAGCUGCCAUAUUGAAAUAAGUAAAUACCUUAGGCCUUAAAAACAGUGUCUGUUUGCUGGGGAGGGGGAAGGUGCAGGAUGAAAAAGAGGGUAAAGCCCUUCUGUGAUGUUUACAGACAAAUGUUCCAUGGUAUUUUAGAGUGAUCUCUCCUCCCCUGCGCUCCCAGCUGUGCCGCAGAAGAGGGGGCUUUUCUAUUUUUGCAAAAUAAAGUCAUGGA